CACCCAAAGAGGACGUUCGAAAUGUCAAUGUUGGCACAUCUUCGAAAAGUAAAGAAAUAGCACCACCUUUCCAAAGAGAACCGUCUGCAGUUUCUAUGGAGGACGUUGAACACACCAAAGUUGUUCCAUACAUGGAAGUUAUUUCAGCAACUCCAAGUAUCGAAGAAAUCAAAAAUAACUGGAGUCGUGAACAUGUUAUUAAUUUUCUGAAGUUUAAGAAAGAGAAAAAGGAGUUAGAUGUCGAAGAUCAAGAUAUCAAAAUAAUUGAGAAGCAUAGAGUUAACGGAAGGAUAUUCCUUACUCUAACCAAAGAAGAGCUUCUAAAGCAUCCCUAUAAUAUGGUUGGUGGUCCGGCAUACGAAUUCACCCAACUGAUCGAGACUUUAAAAGGUGAAAAAGAUUUUCCGGAUACUUCCAUCAUAGAAUGCAAUGGAUUUAAAUGGGAUAUGGAAAUGGAUAAAGACAAACAAAUGCAGGAUGUCAAAGACUGGUUUAACAAUGUAUUAAAUUUAGAGGAAGGUUAUUCUGUCAAAGAUGUUCAUAAAUCUACGAAGAAAGAAGUAACAUUAGAUAAAGCUCGUACUAUAUUACGGGGCGGAUUUGAUAUCGUCAUUGGCCCAAGUCUAACGGGAUGUGUCUAUAUAGAAACAAAAAGACAAUCCCAAGAAUUAGAGGCAGAAGAAGCUCAGGCCAGAGGACAAUUACUUAUUGCAAAUGCGAAUGUUGCAUUGGACGUAUUGGUUGUGUUGACAGAUUGUAACGACAACUCAGUUGAGAAAUAUUACAUCGUAACUGCAUAUAUUGAUGACCGUGGAAAGGCAUUAGGUUUAAUCAAAAUUUUCGUUUUGGAACAAGGAAUCCGACUUGAUAAAAUUAUGGGAAUAAAUAUCAGAAGUUCAGAAAUAAAAGAGAUAAAUAUUAGAGGGCCAUUUUCAAAAAAGGCAAAGUUUACAGAAGAUGUUGGAUUUUGUGAUGAGAGAAUGUUAGAUAUGAUUCCAGAUAUGACAGAUAAUGAAUUAC